AUGCCAUGGCACCAAGAAAACCAAAAUGACCUUGAAGUUUACAAAGAUGUCAGCAAAUUUUCCCUUGGAUAUAAUUUUAAUUUAUGCAAAAGUAUUGUUUCUUUAACACAAAGGUACAAUAAGUUUGGCUCAUAUUGUAAAAGCUUGAAAUCUCUUUUAGGUUUUGUUAUCCUGAAAGGAAGAUAUGCAGAAAAGGAUUCUGAUGACUUUGGUGGAUAUGGCAAGUCAUGUCUCUGCAUUAAGCAUGACAAAACUCUUAUCAGAAUUAAAUACCAGAAAUAUGUUAACCCCAGUAACACUAAAUCACAGCUCAAUGACUGUCAGAAAAUGUAUACAGGAGAGAAGCCAUAUGAAUACAGUGAGUGUGGGAGAACCUUCUUCAGGAAAGCACAGCUCAUUAGACAUAAAAAAAACGAAAGAGUAGAGAAACCCCAUGGAUGUAAUGAGUGUGAGAAAGUCUUCUCCAAAAAGUGCCUGCUCAGAGUACAUCAGCGAUCUCACACUGGAGAGAAACCCUGUAGAUGCAGUGUAUGUGGGAAAGCCUUUUCCCAAAAAUCAUAUCUCACUGUACACCAGAGACUUCAUACAGGAGAGAAGCCAUAUGAAUGCAGUGAGUGUGGCAAAGCCUUCCACAGGAAAUCACAUCUCCUUAUACAUCAAAGAACUGAAAGAGGAGACAAACCCCAUGGAUGCAAUGAAUGUGGAAAAACCUUCAUGAAGAAGAGUCAGCUUACUCAACAUCAGCGAACUCAUACAGGAGAGAAGCCUUAUGAAUGCACUGAAUGUGGAAAAGCCUUUUCCCGAAAGUCCCAACUCACUCUACACCAGAGAGUUCAUACAGGAGAGAAGCCAUAUGAAUGCAGUGAGUGUGGCAAAGCCUUUUACAAGAAAUCACAUCUCCUUAGACAUCAAAGAACCGAAAGAGGAGAGAAACCCCAUGGAUGCAAUGAAUGUGGAAAAACCUUCAUGAAGAAGAGUCAUCUUACUCAACAUCAGCGAACUCAUACAGGAGAAAAACCGUAUGAAUGCACUGAAUGUGGGAAAGCCUUUUCCCAAAGGGCAAGUCUCAGUGUACACCAGAGACGUCAUAGAGGAGAGAAACCAUAUGAAUGCAGUGAGUGUGGGAAAGCCUUCCUCAGGAAAGCAGAUCUUCAUGGACAUCAAAGAACUGAAAGAGGAGAAAAACCCCAUGGAUGCGAUGAAUGUGGAAAAACAUUUGGUAGGAAGUUUCAGCUCACUGAACAUCAGAGAACACACACAGGAGAGAAACCCUACAAAUGUAAUGAGUGCAACAAAGCCUUUACACGCAAGUCAGCGCUCACUAAACAUCUGCGAACUCAUACUGGGUAG